AUGACUGAAUCUCGAAUCAGAAGCCAUGCUGCUAACACGAACGGUGCAAAUAAAUGCAACAUCUUGUCACCGAAUUCCUUGAGGACUCUCCCAUCGCACCACUCUCUGUCAAGUGGCUUUCCAGUCCAUCGAGACUGCAGAAGCAACAGUCCCCAACUAUGCGGACUGCUCAGCCGCACUCGAAUUUCCAGAUUCAAUGAGCUCUUGGCUCAUCACCAACUGUACAUGACACUGCACAUAUAUCCUGCGAGGCUACUUGCCUGCAUAACAGCACUGCACCGCCGGGCAAGAGAUACAAUGGCCGAUGUCAGUUGGCUGAUUUCCAUUUUGACGCUCCACUCUCUUCGCGGAGACAGCCGCUGA